GAGGGCGAGGGGCGUGUUCUGGUGUCAGCGGCUGUGGAGGCGGCGCAGUCUCCGGAGUCCGGAGGUUUACGCAGCAUAGAGCCGGGUACCGAGGCUGAGAGUGGAUCCCGGCGUGGAGCAGGUAAGAUUUCCUGAUGGGGAAUCCAAACCUCAGGCGCUGCUUCAUCCUUAAGCAAUCUUGCCAGGAAGCUAUGAGUGACAGCAAUGUUUCCUGGUGUCAGUCGUUACUUGUUGUCCUCCUGUUUUCGCGGGCGACGGCAAUAAAUUCAGAGGCGACUAGUAACCCUAAUAACCACACUGCCAAUGUUUCUGCACCACUCCUGGAGUCAUUACCUGUGAUCACAUCUAUGGUAGAUCACAUCAUUGUGAGAGAAGGGAACAGUGUGGUCAUUCAUUGCAAUAUUGUGGGUCACCCUGAUCCUCAUUUCCAGUGGUAUAACUCCAAUGGACAUCUAUUGAAUGAGGAUGAUGCUGAUAAAUGGUGGAUUCUGGAUAGUGGACUAUUAAAUAUAACCAGUGUAUCAUUUGAAGAUCGAGGGAAGUACACGUGUGUUGCUAAUAACUCCCAUGGCACUGUGAAUAAUACAGUUACACUGCGAGUCAUCUUCACCUCUGGUGAUAUGGGCAUCUACUACAUGAUCGUCUGUCUGGUUGCUUUUACCAUUGUGAUGGUGCUGAAUAUAACAAGAUUAUGUAUGAUGAGCAGUCAUCUAAAGAAGACUGAGAAAGCUAUUAAUGAUUUCUUCAGGACAGAAGGAGCAGAGAAAUUACAAAAGGCUUUUGAGAUUGCCAAGAGAAUCCCCAUUAUCACUUCUGCCAAGACACUUGAGCUUGCCAAAGUUACUCAAUUUAAAACAAUGGAGUUUGCCCGAUAUAUUGAGGAGCUGGCCAGAAGUGUGCCCUUGCCACCACUUAUAAUGAACUGUAGGACAAUCAUGGAAGAGAUCAUGGAGGUGGUUGGUCUAGAAGAAGCAGGACACAUGUUUGUUAGACAGGGAGCUGUUGGUCAGGAAGUUUGUGAUGUGGAUGAAGUCUUCACCAUCCCCAAUGCUCUACAGCGGAGUGAUUCUCCUACAGGUGAUUCGGAUGCCUCAUCUCUCCAUGAACACCCUCGGCAAAUUGCCAUAGUGGUGUCUGUACAUCCAAUGGCCAAAAAACAGUGCUUAGAUACAGAGUCCCAGGACAGCAUUCAGUCAUGUGUUAAAGAAGACUCUACAUCAAAAGAAUGUGCACAAACCAGUGAACCAAAUGCACCUCAGCAAGAUCACACUACUACAUGUAUAAUAUAUGAAAGCCAUGUCUAGAUAGGAAACCUAUGCAUAUCAUUUAUAGGCACUCAGAGCACCUUUGUUUUAGAGAAGAUGUUAAAGAAUUGCCACUUAGCCUUACUAGAAGAAACCACCAUUUCUUCCCCAAAUCCAGAAUCCUAUUGUGGCUGAUCUGCAGGAGCGUAUCUACCCUUUGGCAAGAAAUGCACUCGCUAGAGGCGCCUGCCAAUUGGGGGUGCCGUCUGGUGAUGCCACCCGCGGCCAGGGGGUAGAAUGACCCUUUCUUAUGACUAGCACUAUCAUUGCUGCAGUCUGUGCAGCUGCCCAGAGCGUUAGGAUGCUCCGGUGGUGCUGCACUUCCUGAAGCUGCCAGCCCCGCCCCCGCUGUGUGAUGUCGUGUGGUCAGGAGGCAGCAGUGUGCACUGUGUAGGAUCAGUAGGGAGUGGGAACAUAGAUGUGCGCCAGAGCCAUCCGCCCAUCCAGCAGCAUACUGUAUGUGUCCUAUUAAUGUCCCCCUGCGGCGGCGCCCGGUGUGGAUUACUGAAGGUACAAUCAUGGUUCCCGGCUCUUCCUCAUGGCUGUCCUUUAUAUGCGAUGAUGCCAUGUAGUGCGCACGGGCUCCCGCUGUCUCCCCUGUACUAGGCAUGCAUUAUUAGUAGCCGAGCUGCGCACAAACAUGGGCGCUCCUCCUAGGAUGACAGUGACAGGUGGCCACGGCUCGGUAGCAUAACCAGGAAGCAGCUGUGAGCGACUAUGUUUGAGGGGGUAAUAUUAUAAAAUUAUGAAUAUAUUAAAUUAUAUUACAGGCAGUGUAUAUAGUUCUGUAGAAAUGAAUUAUUAUAUGUGGCAGACUUUGCCAACUCCUAUCUGAUCCUGAUCCCCAGUGUUCCCUAAACCUAACCCCCCCCUUGCUGCAACCUAAACCUAUCCCUCCCCCCCCCCCCCCCCACAGAGCCUAACCCAAACCCUCCCUAUGGAUGCUUAAAUGUAAUGUCCCCUCCCCGCAGCCUAACCCUAACCUCCGAAAAUGCAAUCUGAAUGGUCAUGACAUUACCCGACUACUCCCAGUUACCACCCCAAAAUGCUGUCUACCUGUCACUCUCUUUGUGACUAAUUCCUCUGUGAGAGCACUAUUGCAAUAUAAUCACUGCGGCUCAUACGCAUGCGCAGUACAAAAACAUCGACUAAUUUGCAUACAAUACCACUUUGCGACCACAUCUGAUUGACCCUCCCUAAACGUAAACCCCCCGCCACCCCUCCUCCCGGCAGCAUAACAGUAACACCACCGUCCCCUGCAGCCUAACCCUAACCGUCCCCUCUUAUAGCCUACCCCGGUCUCACUCCUGCAGCCUAAACCAAACCAUCUCCCCGGUGCGCUGAAUCUGCAUCCUUAUGUGGAGGCAGGUCACGGGUCAUACUGUUGUGACAUCAGAGGACCUAGCCCACUUGGAUCUAGCAUCUACCAUUACCAGACAUUUACUGCAUUAGCUCUGCCUCAAGACAGCAUGUAUCAACCACUAUUGUUGUACUGUGCCAGAGAGCCUGUACAGCUGUAAUUAUUCUGAAAAUAUGGGGGGCACCAGCCCCUUACUUUGCCAGGGGCACUCGGACCUCUAGAUACACCCCUGCUGAUCUGCAGCUUUGCUCACUGCUAGAGUGGAGACCUAUGGCAUUACAUUAUUGCUAGUACCACUGGAAUUUCACUGCUACAUAUCUGAUGUUAAUAUAGUGAAAUCUGUCUUUGUCACACUACAGAAUCAUAGUUAUACAUUUGACCUUUUGUGUUUAUUGUAUUUAUUAUUUUGUUGCUGAUCUACGUGUAAAAUUUCUAACAUGUCCUGAUACAUUUGUAUUGUUUCAGACUGAGAUAACCUCUCUAGUGAAUGCCAAAUAUAGCAGGGAUCAAAUGCUUGUCUAGUGGCUUACUUGUUUGUCAUGACUGUGUGUCUCUGCCGCAUUAGAAGCCCAUGGACCUCAUCAGCAGAUUGCUGCACUUCUCUCUUCAAGCUUAAUGUCUGGUAAAGACGCUCACGGCAGGCUUUGAUAACAGAUCCUUCCCUAGUGCAUCCCUAAAAGAGACAACAAGCGAUAAGAGACAACAAGCAAUGGUAGGUGGGUGACACAGGAAUGACAGUCCAACAGCACCUUAGUUUCCUAUGCUUAUGAUUACAGUUUUACUUUCAUCAGGGAUAAAACCACAAGAAUACCUUUUAAAUAUCCUUCAGUACUGUAGUGUGCAACGCAGAGUGCACAGGAAUCCUGCCAGGAGUGCAGCUGAAUGACCUCACCUUUAUGUGCUCAUCAACAUAACAACCUGUAUAUAAAAACCUAAUUUAUCAGGUCAGGAGCUAAACCCUUCUCACUGCUAUGAUCAAGACUAUAAUAUACUGUAUACAAAGUGUGAGUGUAGUGCUAGUCAAUAAUUACAUGUUUAGGCAGAAUAAUUAAAUAGCACUAAUAAUAAACACUGUUGAAGUCUAAUUCAUAAUAAAAGGAUAUGAACUUGCA